AUGGAUGAUGAAGACGGGACUUGUCUUCUUGAUGUUUUGUGUGACCCCCAAGCCUUGAACGACUUCCUUCAUGGGACGGCUGAGCUGCACAGCGAAGACCUGCUCCUUAGCGCCUCCUCUGGGGAGACGUCUCUUUUCGCAGAUGCCCCGAGUCCCGUCUCGUUGCUGGGGGAUGACAGAGGCUCCCCGAGUACGCCGCCGUCCGGCUGCGUGGAUCUCUCAUUCCUGGAGGAGGCCCUCCUCUCGUCACCCGAGGGGGCAGAUGACCUCGGGCAGGUGGAGGAGCCGCAGUAAGAAGAGGAAGUGGCCUGCUGCGACAUCCUGCAGCAGAGUCUGAAGGAGGCCGAUAUCACGGAGCAGACCGUCGCCCAAACGGGGGACUUGCUUUACCCGCCUGUGCUAACUCCCCCCGCGGUGCCGUUUGUAACAAAGCCCGGCGUGAUGGCCUUGCCCAGAGACACUCAGGCGGCCGUGGAGCCGCCGCAACCCUCCCUGCUGGCCGUGGGGCCGGGGUGCCCCUCUCUAAAACCCGCCGCACCUCCUCAGCUGAUGGGGCUACUACCUGGGAAUGUUUUUCCCGCCCCCUCGCCGGAGACUUCCUUGGUUCAGGGUUCCGGUAUGAUCCUCCACAAAGCCGUGAGCUCCCGGCCUCUUGUCGCCCCGGCCCCGGGGAUCGUCCUGCAGCGGGCACGCCAUCCCAUCCAACCCAAGCUGCCCAUCAGCAUCCAACCAAGACUGGUCCAGAUCAGCCCAAAGCCGCUAGGGCAAACACCCGCGCCGGGUCUUACGCUCGUUUCCGGGACGGCCUCGCCAAAUAUUCUCCUUUCCCAGAAGCCUUCCACACCAACCCCCGAGCCGCUCCCCAAACCUGUCAGCCUGCAGCUGCUCAACCAAGGCGGAUCCUUCAUGCUCCAGCCUCAGGGACUCUUUCAAGGCAAAAACCAGUUCCUUCUCCCGGGUCAGCCCCAGGUGACCAUCACCCAGCCCGCUGCAGGACCUCUUCUGACCGCCGCCCCACCAGGCCCGCAAGUGUCUCCCUUCAACGGGCAGCUCGUCGAUGGCUCGCAGAUCCUAACCAUGCCCCAAAGACAGCUCAACUUCAGCCCCGUGUUCACCACCACGGGGCAGAUCGCCCUCGGCCAGGCCGCCAUAUUCUCCCCUACUGUCUUCCAAAUGCCGGCGCAGCUCGCCGGGAGCUACGUGAACGGCGGGCAGGGGCAGAGGGCCGCGCUGGUGCACGGACCGGGCCUGGGAAACCACAUCACCUUGAUCAACGGCUCCAGGAUGCUCCCCUCGGACCUGGCUGCCAUCUCCAUUGUCAAUACGCCCUCGGUGGUGCAGGGCCUGCCUUUCGCGGCUCAGCCCGCACAGGCGGCCGUGACAGACGCCCAUCUGGGCCUCCAGACGGCUUCGGUGGUGCUUUUACCCGAGAGAAGUAUCCCAGAGGAGAGGAAUGGCUCGGAGGAAAGUUUUCAUCAACAGCGCUUAGGUCAGGUGAUCCAGCAGCAAGUGUCGGUGCAGCCCGCCGCCCCCUCGCCACCCGUCCUGCCGCCCCCACCGGAAUCGCCUACGACUCCCGACGUAGCCCAAGUGGUGGAGGAUGUGGCCCAGUCCCUGAGUCGGAACCAAGUCUUAAUGCAACAACUAAAACAGCAAGCGCUCGACUCUCCUGUCACCUCUGACCUGUUGGUCGGAAUGGUGCCGGCGGUCCCGAUGGACUCUCUGACCCCGCCGGAGGACAACGAGCAACAGAGCCAGCCAGAGACCACCAUGUCUGACCCGUGUGCAGAUGUCUUGCCGCUUCCCUCCGACUCAGAGGGCACGCUGGGCUCGUCCCCUUCGCUCCAGGACUCGGCCACAUUUCCUGAUCCGACCCCCCUCCCUGGACUAGAGAGCUCGGAGGCUUUGUUCAUCCACGAUGGAGGUCCGCUUUCCUCGCCAUGCCAGGUCCUGCCCUCUGAGCCUUCUUUGGCCCCCGGCCUCCCAGUGCCUCAACAGCAGGCGGAGCCCUCAGCUGGAGAGAGGGUGGACACUCCAGUCCAACAGCACACACAAAACACACCGACAGCUGCCUUGGUCGUCGAGAGCGAUGUACAGACUCCCGAUAUCCGGUCACCAUCUCCCAGCACACGGGAGCAUCACCUUCCUCCGGAGGGUGGUCAGCAGCUGGCAGGCGUCGAGCUGCAGCCGGAGGAAAGUUUAACACCAGCAACCCGACAACACAGGUUCCAGCAACUGCUUUGCUCGGACCACCUGGCGGUCCAGCUCCCGUGUACCGGCCCUGCCUUCUGCUCCGUGACGGAUGCUGCCCGCCGUCUGUUGCCGUACCACGUCUGCGCCGGACACCCGCCCUCUCAGGAGGAUUUAUCUUUAGUGGACCAGGAGUUCGACACGGUGUCGGGGUUCCUGCUGAAGCGCACUAAAGACAUGGUGAACAAAUACAGGCAGCUGCUGGUUAAGGAAACAUGGCAGGAGAGUCCGUCUGCUGAGAUGGUCAUGCUGGAGCGUCUCUUCCUGCAGGCAGAACGCUUUUCCCUGGGGGAGGACAGGCGGCGGGCACACAGAGACCCGGAGGCUUUCCUGAUGUCCUUGACGUCUUCAGCAUCUUCCUCGCACUCCCCGGGGACCUCCCAGCCUCCGCCGCCUUCCCAGGCCCCAACCUGGACCAGACUGUCAGAACGCCCGCCUGGCCUGAAGACGUACCGCUCCAGCUCACGUGGGGCUCUCAGGCUCACCAUCAAGCAGGAGUGCGGCUCUCGCAAGGUGGUGCACAGUUCCAUUGGCGAGUCUGGGCUCAAGCGGGAUCACGCGGGGAACCUGUCCAACGGCGGAGCGGCACGGCAUUCUCGCCGCCAUGACAGGAUCCCCAACGGAGCAGAAUCCAAAAAGAAAAAGCUUCUUUCAGCGCCAACCCCGCGGAUGAAAUGCCUCAGGCUGGACGCCCCGCCGCCCCCCCUUAGCCCGCCGCUACGGGAAGACAGCGUGCUCAGCGAACAUCUCCAGAGCGCCAUCGACAGCAUUCUGGAGCUACAGCGCCUGCAGGGAGCGCCGGCGGGCCCUCUCAACAUGGCCCCUGACCAGCCUGUCACCAGCGCCUCAACUUGUGAGGCUCCACGAGGACAUUGGAACUCCCAGCUGAGCCAACCAAAGGCUUGACUUUUGUCUGUUGCUAGGAACAGUUUAAUCCGUGUAACAUUCAUUUUUCAUUUUAAAUUGGCAAUUGUAAAAUUGACUAAAUUUAUUUAGUUUUAAAUCACAAAAAUUAAGAAAUAUUCUAAAAAUGAUUCUAGUUCAAUUUGGGCUCAAAUUAAAUAUUGGUGAACAUUUUAGCUCGAUUUUUGAUAUUUAAAUUGAUUGUGUUUGUGAGCCAGAAGUCUGUAAAAGAGUAUUUAGUAAUGAUCUCGUUCACAAUAUUUUUUUAAUUGCCAAUUGAAAAUGAAGGUAUGAUACACAGAUUGAUUCAAUUGCUUGUUUGGAAAUGAGGAAAUAUGACAAAGAAAAAGCACUAUGAAUAGUUAGCUUAGGCGUUAGCUACAUUUUAGUGUACCUUUGUGGUGAUAGAUAAAAAAAAAAAAAAAGUCUAUUUGGAUAGGGGCUCUAUGCUUUCCGUAGUAGUUUAGUUUAUUUAUUUUUAAAAGAAUUCUUUCCCAGCAGUGCCAAGCUUCCAGGGUAUUUAUUUUGAUAACACGUACCAAUGUUUCAAGUCAAAGUAACUCCAAAGAACUCGUUACACCCCCAAACACACCAGCAACUUUUGGGUCCUUUCGGGGAAACCCGGACCACUACAAGACUCGCCGUAGCUCAAACUGUGAAAAGUUCCCGCUCUUCUGUCCCAGCGAGAGAGACGAGAACAAUGUUGGAUGUUUUUGUAAAGCAAUAAUGAAGGACGGAGAAGGCAGAGGGACAGGAGGAUCUCGCUUGUUGGUCUUCAGUUUUGUAGAGAUGUGGACUUGGACGAAACAAGUAAACUGGGAAUUAUUAUAGACUUGGACCAAACUUUGCAUUUGAGCCGUUUAACUCCUGAGUUUCCAGAGCCUUGUCUCUGGAUGAAACCAUUCAGGACACUGAACCAAAUCACUCCAUGCUUCUGUUGACCACUUGGGAGCUUUUGUUGACGUGACAAUCUUUUUUUCAUUCAUCCAUAAAAUUUCUCCCCUAUAUCAGCGAUUGACUGGCAAAUACAUGACAGUGAGUUUUUCACAACCAGACUUGGACUCAACCCCUUGAGGACUCCCCGUGACUUCUAACAUGUUCGCUCCUUGAAUGGUCGCAGUAAAAAUAUGCAGUACUUUACUUUAGCACGCAAAACCUUGGGCGGAAAUGUCCUCCAAGGUUUUAACUGGAGGUUUUCAUAGGAAUGCAGUUUAAAAAAGAAAAAAAAAUAGAUGUCAGAGUGACUUUUCACUCCUUGCUACCGCCACUUUUCUAAAAACAAAAAUGGCGUCAGAUAAACGGAAGCCCUUUCGGAAGGAGCCGCCUCGUGUGCCGUUGUUGCAGUCGUCCGUUUCCAAACGAUCCGCCCAGUCCUCUUUGGGUACGAGUUCCAGGGACUGAUCGUUCUCAUGCCAAAAUCGAGAGGCCUUAACCCAGCAUAGCUUGGAUUGUAAACAACGAUACGUGUGAACGUCUCCAAACGAUUGAUACCAUUUUUUUUUUUUAAUU